AACAAAAGUGCGCGCACAAGACAAGGGGAAUGUCAUUUGGCUUUGCAGCCAUUUCCUCAUCGCUCAGAGGCCACACUCUUUAUAAUUUAUAUCUUCCAAUCCUUCAUUCUCAAUCUCCUUCCAUUUUCUCUCUUCACCCCACGCUUUAAUUCUCUCAUCAUUCUUUCUCUCAAAAAACAAACUCACUUUUUCGUUCUUUGAUUCAGAUUUCAAACCAAAAUAAUCAUGACUCAAGAAGGAGAUAAUGGGUCUCCAAAAUCUUCACCAUAUGAAGAAGCAUUGGAAGCAUUGUCAUCUUUGAUUACUAAACGUACUCGUGUUGGUGAUGUCAAUAUGGAGGAGCGAUUCAACGUGCUGUUCAAGUAUGUAAAGAUGCUUGAAUUGGAGGAGGCGAUUUUGAAUUUAAAGAUUAUCCAUGUUGCUGGUACCAAAGGGAAGGGAUCUACAUGCACCUUCACAGAAUCUAUAUUACGCAACUGUGGUUUUCACACUGGCCUUUUCACUUCUCCUCAUCUAAUUGAUAUACGAGAAAGAUUUCGUUUAGAUGGUGUGGAAAUCUGUGAAGAGAAAUUUUUAGCAUAUUUCUGGUGGUGUUAUGAUAGACUAAAGGAAAAAACUGAUGACAAUAUUCCAAUGCCUACCUUUUUUCACUUCCUUGCUUUGCUUGCCUUCAAGAUAUUUGCAGAAGAGCAGGUGGAUGUUUGCAUAAUGGAGGUUGGAUUAGGUGGCAAAUAUGAUGCAACAAAUGUGGUGCAGACACCUAUUGUGUGUGGUAUAACUUCUCUUGGGUAUGAUCACAUGGAAAUUCUUGGGAAUACUCUUAGUGAAAUCGCUGGCGAGAAGGCUGGAAUCUUCAAGCAUCGGAUUCCAGCAUUUACAGUGCCUCAGCCUGAUGAAGCGAUGCACGUACUUAAAGAGAAGGCUUCUCACCUUAACGUACCUCUUCAAGUGACAGCCCCUUUAGACGCCAAAUUACUAAAUGGUUUAAAACUAGGGCUUGAAGGCGAGCACCAAUAUGUAAAUGCUGGUCUUUCUGUUGCGUUAUGCUCUACAUGGCUGAAUAUAAAUGGACAUCUCGAAGAGACUCUUUUGAAACAGAUUCAACACACUUUGCCAGAGCAGUUCAUAAAAGGUUUAGCAACUGCAAGUCUGCAAGGAAGGGCUCAGAUUGUUCGUGAUGAACACGUCAACAAAGAAAUCUCAAAUGAAGUUGUCUUCUUUUUGGACGGGGCUCAUAGUCCUGAAAGCAUGGAAGCAUGUGCAAGGUGGUUUUCUCUUGCGAUCAAAGACCACAACCAGACCUUGUUUCAUCAGAUACCUGAUCAUUCCAAUUUCUCAAAUGAAGUGAUGAAGACGCACCAAGGUGAAGCACAAAAAUCUGCUCAGAUUUUGCUGUUCAAUUGUAUGUCUGUACGAGAUCCUCAGGUUCUUCUUCCUCACUUGAUGAAAACUUGUGCCGAUCAUGGUGUGUACUUCAAGAAGGCACUAUUUGUACCUGGUUUAUCAUUGUACCACAAAGUUGGAUCCCAUGCUUUAACACCAACUGAUUCUAACAUUGACCUGUCAUGGCAGUUCACUCUACAAAGAGUAUGGGAAAAUCUCAUGCAAGGGAACAAAGCAGGCAAGAAUAACGGUGCGGCUUCUGAUGAUUUAACUGGCCUGGAAAUGAGUGUCAGCAAUUGUGAAUACAGUGCAGUGUUUUCCUCAUUACCGCUGGUUCUUAAUUGGCUUAGGGACAGAGUACAACAAAACCAGUCAACUCGCUUUCAGGUCCUUGUAACUGGUUCCAUACAUCUUGUUGGUGAUGUGUUGAAAUUAAUCAAGAAGUGAUUCGUUGGACUAAAUAGAAAGAAUUGCUUAUUUUUCUGAUUUCUAAGUUUUGAAGUAAUGCUAUCAUUAUCGACAGUAUCCAACGAGGUAUCUGUGUCAUUCGCAGCACAUUUACAGUGGUUUGGAAACCGCUAAUAGAAUGUUAUCAAUACAAACAUCUUUGGUUUUGGACAUUUGAUAGAUACAUUGGUUCAUAUCAGCAUCAGCUUGGUAACUUUAUUUGUGACUGACUGUCUUUCAAGAUUCAUUUCAUUGCAGUUGAAAAAGAAAAGGAUGGGAUUUAAGGGAGAGGAAUAAAAAGUUGUACUUGCAUGUAAUUUUAAACUUCUCGAGUUUUGUUUUCUAACAUGUAUCUAUUCCUAUUAUAUUUGAUGCUGAAUCCUUGACUGAAUGUUCCUCUUGGACUAUGCUAUAUUUUUUAGACAAAUUUGGAUUAUGCUA